UGUCAUGCGCAGAAGACAAAGUGUACGGGCGAACAGCCCUGUCGAAGUUGCGUCAGAUCUGGCAGAGGCGCCGAGUGUACUUUUCCAGUCCGGGCUAGAAAGAUUAUUGUCCUAGAAAGGUCAUUAUAUACCGCCUUCAUAUUGCUGCUUCAUCAAGGCAUGGUCAACUCCACGACUGGAGAACAUCCUGCCAAUGAUAUCAGCGCUGAAGAUGCGGCUGAUGCAGAGGCGUCCAACCCACUUCUCGAGCAACGUGUCCUAGCUCAUGACAUCAAUGUGUCCUUGGGAGCAGUGUACGUAGGUGGUGCGGCUUGCACAGCAUUCGCAACUCGACUUGGCGCCUGCGCACGCGGCCCUCAAACAGGUCACUCGGGCGAGGCGGCACCAUAUGCCGUGCCUGUGUAUAAGCAUCCGACCUUGAGCCGUCGUCUCCAGGAGCAGUACAUUAUGCCAAGUCGAGCAUACGCAAACACUUUGAUCCAAGUCGUCAUGAGAUUCAUAGGUGCGGACUACCAUUUGAUCCGAAGAAAAUCCUACAUGGAGAAGGUGGAUCUCCUGUAUGAUGGCUCCGAACAAUCGAGUUCGCUGUCCCUAUGCAGGUUCUUUGCCUUACUGGCCUUGGGAGAACUUUGGCUGAAGAAAACUGGUGCCAUUGAGGAUGGAGAGAAGACGGUGCCUGGAACGAAAUUCUUUCUACAGGCUGUCUCUCUUUUCCAGGAGCAAUACGAGGAGCCUAGUAUUGAAUACAUCGAGACCCUCUUGGUACUGUGCUUCUAUUCCUUUGCGCUCAACCGAAAGAACACUGCGUUCGUCUACGCUGGCCUGGCUCUGCGCCUCAGCCAAACGAUGGGUCUCCACCGGAACAUCACAUAUGGGCCCAACACAAGUGCCGCAGAUAUCGAGAAUCGCAGGCGGGUCUGGUGGACCGUAUACAUAUUUGAUCGACUCGUCAGCUCAAAGCUUGGCCAUCCGAUCAUCAGUGACGGGGAAAUUGAUGCUCCUCUACCGUCUUAUGAUAACUUGUCGGAAGAGGACAAGGACGAUUUCUUCGAUCCCAUGCAACUGAUUGCCAAUAUCAAACUCUGCCGCAUCACAGGUUCCAUCUUGACCCUGAUCUACGGCGGUCCUGCCCGAAAGGCCCCUGGCGACUUCAUUCGAAAUGUCCACACCAUCCUGAACAACUUGAAGCAGCUGGACGCUGAGCUCCCCGUAGAGCUGAGGCUGGACCACACCAAAUUCCCAGCAUAUGGCUCACGAUCCGUCGCAUCAUUACGUCUGCACUUCAAUCAGAAUCUCAUCUUGACAACGAGGCCAGUGCUGCUCCACGUGCUGAACUACAAUCUCAAACGCCUCCGACCCGCGGCAAAUAUACAGGUGAAGACACUCUCACCCAUGACCAUUGCCCUGAGCGAGGCCUGUAUCUACGCAGCAAGAGCGUCGGCGAACCUCCUUGAGCAGCUCUGGAUCAGCGGGAAUAUCUCCACCUUUGGCUAUUUUGAUGCGCACUAUACAUUCUCAGCAACAGUGGUGCUCAUGAUCUCGGACGCCCUUCGUCCAAACAAUGAAGACAGAGAUGCGAUUGCCCUGUUUACGGCUCUCCUUCAGUCCAUGGUAGAUGAUGGCAACCUGCCGGCCCGCGAGGUCAAUGACAGGAUUGCCUGCUUGCGGAAGGACUUUGCGAGUCUGAAAAUGUCGGGUAG